CGAGUCGAGAAGUGAGGUGCCUUUUUCUGCCGUAGAUGGUAUCUAACCAAGUAGAAAGUUGAAAACUGGCGAUAUAUGAUCGAUAAUUGUGAUUAGAAUGAAUGGAACAGCAUAUUCAAACUUUGACAAUCAAGAACACGUUCUCAAACUAGGUGAAACCUUUGAGAAACAACCUAAAAGUGCUUUCCACACUGUACGAUAUGAUUUCAAACCAGCCUCCAUAGACACUACAUGUGAGGGUGAGCUUGAAGUGGGAAAAGGAGAGCAAGUUACGAUCACACUGCCUAACUUGGAGGGAUCCACAGCUCCUGUUACAGUUUUUAAAGGGUCCAAAAGGCCUUAUAUGAAAGAAUGUAUUCUCAUUGUUAACCAUGACACAGGAGAGUAUCGUCUGGAGAAACUCAGCAGUAACAUAGCAGUCAAGAAGACCAGGGCUGAGGGAAGCAGUAAGAUUCAGUCACGCCUGGAGCAGCAAACUAGCCGGCUUAGUCAACAAAUGAAGACUGGUAGUGGCAACAGGGCUCCAUCCAGCACCAAGAACUCUCCUCCUAAGGAGAAAAUGUCUCCAUCGUCCCCAAUGGAUGAUAUUGAGCGAGAGCUCAUGGCUGAGGCACGUGUCAUGGAUCAGAUGAGCAGUGGAGACAGCUCCUCUGAUUCCCACAGUUCUUCAUCCAGUAGCGAGGGCAGCUCCAGCAGCAGCGACUCAGAGGAUGAGGGUCGACCUCCGCCCAGUGGAGCCCCAGCCCCCCCUCAUAGCACAUCAGCACUUGCUUCAUCUCAAAAUCAUGUGGAGGAGAGCAGUGGGCAUUUAAUGAACACACUUAAGAAUGAUCUCCAGCUGAGUGAGUCUGGGAGUGAAAGUGAUGAUGACUGACCACAUUGAUGAAGUAUUGGACAACCUUCUCGACUUCGAUUAGGUACCGAAAAGGUCCAGGAGGUCUGGAUUUAUCUGUUCAUAAGUUAAAUCUUCUUGUGGUUCUUAAAUCAAAUUCCCUAUCAACUUUUCAGUUAUUAAACAUUUUCUUUCUGCCAGUU